UCUCAUUGUCUCACUUGUCCAUCAACACUCGACCAGCACCUCCAGCGACCUUGCCUUGUCUCGUGUUCUCUCUCCAUCCAGCUUCCAUACGCUCAGAAGCGGAAGGGAGCUGACGCCCAACUACUCCCUCCUCUUCUCCGCACCCCGCACAACUAUUCCGCACUAUGCGCACAUACUCAGACUCCGAGCGGUCGAAUGGCGGCGCAUCCCCUGCAAGCCUCGCAGACAGCGAGGACUUUGAAUUCAUCCUCAUGCCGGCCCUCUCGGCGUCGAGUGGCGUGCUCUCGGUUGGGCGCAGCGAGCCUACGGUGUCCAGUGGCAUACUAUCGAUAUCGAGCGUGUCGCCCGUGUCCAGCGGCAUACUCUCGGUCAACUCAAGCACGGCGCCGGUCUCAAGCGGCGUGCUCUCGCUCGAGUCUAGUCUUGCGGCCCUUGCCCUCAGUGAGAGCGGUGAGGGCGGGCUGCACUCGUUUUCCCGCCGUGCCCCGAGUUCCAUUGUCGCCAACGCCUCUAGUUUGGGGGGCGCAAGCUCCCGCGCAACGUCACACUACGAAGACGAUGACAGCGACAGCGACAGAUUCGACGACGACAGCGCGCGAACCCGCCGUCGUAGUCAUACUACUGUCCCGACACACGGGCAGAGCAUCGUGAGCGCGUCGGAUGCUCGUGAAUCGAUCGACAGCUUCCUCAACGACCCAGAGUUCACCAGUGACGUGUCAAACAAGCUGCGUCUGUACCAGGCGCUGUGCAUCGAGUUGGGUCUCGUCGAACUAGAGGACACGGAAACCCCGGCACGGUCCUCCUCUUCAAGAAAAAGCCAAGUUACACGCGGCAGCUACUCGGACAGCGACGAUGAUGUGACCCCCACGGCGUCGCGCUCCACUACCCCCAUGCCCGCGCUCCCGCCUCUUCCGACGUCUAUCAAAGCCGCGGACCGCCUGCUACGCGCACGCGGACACGUCAACAUUAUCGAGUAUCUCGAGGCGCGCAACGACCGCACCCGCCGCCACGAGGACUCGGUGGGCAAGUAUGCCGACUUGGUGUAUUCGAGUGCGAGUGCUCUGCAGCGCGCUCUGCGUCGCGAGGGCAAGUAUGCGAGGCUCGGCGACGUCAAGCGCGAGUGGCUCCAGCCGCUGCUCAAGGACUUUGGCUUCCGCCGUCGCCGAGAGAGUCGCGGGUAGUGAUGCGGUGCAAAGGGGAGGAGGAGUGCAGCAACGGUGCGACGAUCUAAGCCUCGGCACGACACAUUUGUACAAUUUGCCCAAUUGCCCUGUGGCCUUGCUGAAUUGCUGGUAGAUGUUGUACAAUCUUCAUUGUGAAUUUGUUUAUGUUAUCACGAUAUGCCGACAA